GAGUGUCUUCGUUUCAAUAAAAUGCCUUUCAGCCCAUUUGUUUACUAGUCGCGAAGUUAAUGAAUCAUUCUUGAAAACUGCCCGACCGGACUAUUAAAAGUGCAUUUAAACAAAACCAAAUCGGCCACACACGAGCCAUGGCCGAUGAAGAGCUGCAAACCUAUCGACGCUGCAUUGGACAGCAGCUGGAGGAGCUGGAGAUGCUUAGCUCGAUAUAUUGCGGAACCGGAGAGCUGCAGAUGCUCGAUGCAGGCGUCGUGGCCGAUUUCAACGAGUUCCUGGAGACAGAUACACCUCCAAGCAGUUUGCGCUCGCACCUGGAGUACAUGGUGAAGCUGAGCGUUCCCGCCAAUCAGCGCCUUGAUGUGCGCGUCGAGCUGCCCCACCUAUACCCACUGUUGGAGCAGGCCCGCGUCAGUGUGCACAGCCCCUUGCUGGGCAAGGCCAAGGAGCAGCAUCUCAAGAUCGAGUUGGAGCAAUAUCUGAGCGAGAAGCGGGAGGAGGACCCAGAGCCGUACAUAUUUCAACUACUCAGUUGGUUGCAGGAACAGAUAGAGGCACUCAUCCAAAGACCCGCCAGCGAGUUUGAGCUGACGCAUCUGGUACCCCCAGAGCAGCCACAGCCAGCAGCACAUCUGGAACGACUUUGGAUCUACUCGCAUCACAUCAAGUCGAGUGCCAAGCGACAGGAGCUUAUACGCCAGGCCCGCCAGCUGGAAUUGACCGGCUUUAGUAGGCCCGGCAAGCCUGGCAUCAUUUGCGUGGAGGGACAGACGGAACAGGUGCAGGAAUUCUGGCGAACCAUCAAGUCCCUCCGCUGGCAGAAGAUCAGCGUGGUACGCUCAGAGCCGAGGCAGCGCAGGCGCGUCUUUGAAACCUUCAGCGAGCAGCUGUUCAACGAGGAGGACGAGGGAAUCAUGAACAUGGGACAGUUCAUAAAGUUCCUGGAGGCUCACGGCUUUGGCUAUAUGAAGUCUGAGUUGUUUGGUUUAGCCUAAACAAUUCUACAUUGUU